GAGUCUAAUUUCGGUUGUCUUGCAGACAAGCCAUGGAGUGCACCUCAGAACCAGAUAAAGAACCAGAAAAAAAGUUAGAUGAAGUAUGCCAAAAGAUGGAUAAACUGGCAGAAUUAAAUGGGGAUUCAUCUGUAAAAUCAGCAACGAAAAAGAAAAAGAAACAUAAAAAGAAGACUGGAAAAUGCACAAAUGGUGACGAUGAGACCGUGAUGAAGGAAAAUGAGACGGGAGACGCCUCAGUUAACUGUCGUGAAAACUUGUCCUCUACUGUGAAAACAUCAAACAAAAAAUCUAAAUCGGAGAACUCAGGUGUCACACGUCAGACGGAUCCUCCUUCUAUUCCUGUUUGUCAGUUGUAUCCCAAAGGAGACUACCCAGUUGGUGAGAUUAUUAAUUAUGAGCCCGACACUGAUUGUCGUACAGCUAUCAACCGCACAACGUCAGAAGAAUGCAAAGCUCGUGAUAAUGCUCAUGUAGAGAUCUAUCAACAGUUUCGUGAAGGUGCGGAAGUUCAUAGACAAACAAGAAACUAUAUUAAGAAAUGGAUACGUCCGGGUAUUCGUCUCAUUGAUAUGUGCGAAGAACUUGAACGCACUAGCCGUGCACUCAUUUUAGAACGCGGAUUGAAUGCAGGCUUAGCUUUUCCUACGGGUUGUUCAAUUAAUCAUUGUGCAGCUCAUUACACUCCCAAUGGGGGUGAUAAUACAGUUCUAAAUUAUGACGAUGUAUGCAAAAUUGAUUUUGGAGUACAUGUAGAUGGUCGUAUUAUUGAUUGUGCUUUCACACUUCACUUUAAUCCUAAGUUUGAUACUUUGGUAGAGGCUGUUAAGGAUGCAACUAAUACCGGUAUUAAGGCAGCUGGCAUUGACGUACGUUUGUGUGAUGUUGGGGCAGCCAUUCAGGAGACUAUGGAGUCCUAUGAAGUAGAAUUAGACGGAAACACUUACCAGGUGAAAUCUGUACGUAAUUUGAAUGGUCAUUCUUUGGGGCCAUACCAAAUUCAUGCGGGAAAAACUGUGCCAAUCGUACGUGGAGGAGAGCAAACUCGUAUGGAGGAAAAUGAAUAUUAUGCAAUCGAAACGUUUGGUAGUACAGGAAAAGGUUAUGUUAUUGAUGGAGAUGAAGUUUCGCACUAUAUGAAGAAUUUCGACGUUGGACAUGUUCCUCUAAGGUUGGCCAGAUCGAAACAACUGUUGAAUGUAAUAGAUCGUAAUUUCAGUACUCUUGCAUUUUGUCGCCGUUGGUUAGACCGUUUAGGUGAGACAAAAUAUCUUAUGGCCCUAAAGAACCUAUGUGACGUGGGAAUAGUAAAUCCAUAUCCCCCUCUGUGUGACCAACGUGGCUGCUAUACUGCUCAAUGGGAGCACACGAUUUUGCUAAGACCAACAUGUAAAGAAGUUGUUUCUCGUGGAGAGGAUUACUAAGUGACUUCCAAGUUUUCCAUUCAGGAUCCACUGUAGACGUUAUAGAAUGUUUCGUUAUUAUGCUAAUAUUUGAAAGAUUUAUUUUUGUUUGAACAUGUAUCCAGGAUUCAGUUUGACGGAGUGUUCCACUAUAUGUUUCAGUCAUUAUUGUUUUAAUUGACUUUCCAGCUCUAACAAUCCUUCUUAAGGCUCUCUGCUUAUCAAUCUUUAUUUUGACCUCAAUAUCUGUGCGUUUAUAUCUAUAUUGUGAACUUUCACGUUUUUAUAGUAACAACCAGGUUUUGUAAAUGAAGUCAGUAAUAUGUGAAUUCUAGUUUUCUAUAUAUUUAUUUCCUCUAUAUUGCGACACGAAUUUAAUAUGUAGGUCAUUUUAGUGUAGAGGAUAUAAAAUGAGAGUGGAUAUUGCUAGACACACACCUGUUAGAUGUGACAUGUUUUUUAUUGGGUCUUUUAGCAGUCUGUCUAUUUGUAAUUGUGUGUAAUUUUCCGCUUGGUCAAAUUAUAAAUUCAUACGUAAUUAGAUUAUCACUAUUACGUUUGCUUGUUCCGCAAUAUUCGUCCAGUAGACCUCUUAUAGUGCUACCUACUUUCAGAGAAGAGUUACUCUUCCAUUUCUAGCAGUGUAGUAAGAGACAUUUCUUAAAAUCCCUACUUGGUUUUCAGCAGAAUGUAUUUGUUUCUAAAACGGCAUUUGUAAACUAUGGUGAGUAGAAUUUAGUAUGCCAAUUCAUGCGAAAAAUUCCGCUUUGGAAAUUGGUGAUUUUCGAAUAGAUAAGUUUGCACAAUAAAUAAAUGACGAUAAAAUAUCUUGAUUACACAACCAUUUGAUUGUAUGUCUCCUACAUCGUUUGAGUCUUUAAAAUCUAGAAAUACUAAAUUCAAAUUAAUGUUGAGCACGAAAUUACAUUAUCUCCAAUACAAAUGGCAAUUUAUGAACUCGCCAUGAUCACCUAUUACUUUCGCAGGAUUUGAUGGUUCUGUAGCGGUAAAUAAAUCCCCAAAAUCAAUAGCUCUGUAAGUGUUCGACAUUGGGUGCUGACUACAUUAGAUUCAGUGGACUCAUUUAGCUGGAGGCGCUCGGUCAUGCAUCCGCACCAGCUCACAAGUGGGAACGCCAUACUCAAAUCCUACUGCGAUCGCUAGCUACUUAAGAUCAGUCACUUCUCGAUACCACCCACAAUCAGACGGGUUGGUGGAACGCUUUCACCGACAACAAAGCUUCACUAUCAGCUGCCAACGUUUCAUAGUGAACCGACGCUCUUCCACUCGUUUUACUAGGUAUUCGCAAUGCAGUGCAAGCUGACUUUGGGUACACUGCAGCACAACUCGCUUAUGGAACGACACUCCGACGUCCAGGAGAAUUCGUGGAUCCUUCAUCUUCUCCAAUUAACAUGGAUCU